UUUUUUUUUCUUUCUCUUUUAUAAUCACUUAUCUUUCUCUCUUUUUACUAUGUUGCGUCAAUCAGUGCUCCACCAACCAUUUUCUGUUGGCAUCGGUAAUGCUUCUUCAAAUGAAGUUGCUAUUCAAAAAUCCUUGUUGCUUGAUAUUGUCAACGAGAAUCAUCAUUUAUAUCAAAUGGAAGUUAGAGAUAGACCAAACAACAUUAUCCGUGUCCUUGUUGAGUUACAUAAAUUAGGAGCAACUCAGGAACAACUUUCUAUGGCCUAUCAAAAGACCUUACUUGAAGUGGAACCUAUCCGGUUAUCUGAUUCCCAUAAAAUUAAUGAGAGAAACUGGCAAGAGUUUCUCGGAUUAUCAUCGUUUUAUGGUGAUUACCUGGUAUUCUUUGACAACCAAUUGUCGCUGUUGGGAUUAGAUGAGACACUCGACCGAUACUUUUAUUCUAUCCCUCCUUCGAUGGGAUCGCAACUACAACCUAUAGUGCAACUUGCAUUUGGUAUUGAACAUGAUUUACCCCAAAUAGUCACACAAGCACUUGCUUACUACACUACAUCAUACCUCGAUGUCUCGAGUAUUCUUGACUAUUGUGAUGACCCAGCAUCAAACUCUAAUUCAAGGGCCUCACAGGAUGCUCUAAAUACUAUUCUUUUCGAUCUUAUUCGAGCGGACCAACGCUUUGAUGGUAAAAUUGAAGGCUACAACACUUUUCAAUCUGCUGUCAAGCUCCUAUUAAAAAGCAAAUAUGACUUACUCAAGACAUACGUAAAGACAUGGUCCACGCUCUCAGAUUCCGAGAGUCGGUUAGAAGCCCUUGUAUUUUCAGCUACCACCUUGUACAAGAUGGCCUCACGACAGCAACACGAUGCGGCACAUGUUGACCUUGACUGGUUCUUAGCAAGCGGACAAUUGAUCGAUGCUACACUAGCGAUCAAGCAAAUCAUGCGCCCCGACUUUUUAGAGGAUUGGGUCAAUCUUCUAUUUUUAAAUACACUGUGCACUUAUGUGGUACAGGGCAGACCUAUAAAUAACAAGAACAGCAAACAACAAAUGGAACAUACCAAUUUUGAAUCAUGCACAGCAACCAUACUUCACAACUCUUUAGAUCCUAAACUUGUUCUGGCUUUUACGUCUUUGCUUAAGGUGACAGAACAAUAUCCUCAUUUCAGUUCACUGUGCCUUGAUGUUGCUAACAUGCUCGCUUUGUUCUCAAAAGAUGGUACUUGGAUUAAAGGUGGUCUUGGUUGGACUUGUUGAAAAUGUUUUUAUUUUUCUGAAUACAGUUGUUCUAUAUAUCCAAUUGAUAAAAAGUUUAUUUCUGAACUGAAAA